AUGUCACCGGAAAGCAACGAGACACGUGGCCAGAAGGCGGUGGUGUUGGGGAAAAUCGAGGUACGCAAGAAAGCUGCCAGUCCUCCUCCAACGGAUGCUCCCAAAAGCCCGGGACGCACCGUGGGGUCGCAGAAGGGACCAGCUACGGAUGAUGCAGUUCCCACUUCGGCACCGGCUGCGGGUGGUAAACCGAAGAUGCCAUGGAAAAAGACCAAGGCAGAAAAGGCAGAAGCUGGGAGAAGUGAGGAUCAAAGUCCAGCUGCAUCCUCGCUCCCCGGGGCAUCAACGCCAGCAGAGCCAUCAACAUCAGCAACAGUGUCGUCAGCGACUAAAGUUUCCAAAGCAGAUUCUACCAGAACAGAAGCAAAAUCCAAGGGGCCAAAAGUCAAGGUCAGCGAGGUGCCUGAAACCAUUCCAGUGGCCAUAUUGGAGGUGCCGAAGACAGCCCGUCGACCUCAGUCCGCUUCCCCGCAACGUGGUCCCAAAAGUCCGGGACGCUCCUGGGGCGCGCGCAAGGCACCAGCUGGAGACGACUCUGCAGCACUUCCCACUGCAGCUAGAGAGGCACCAGCUGCUGCGAAUGGCGCCAAACGACAGUUGCCGUGGAAGAAAACAAAGGCAGAGGCAGAAACAGCGGAAACAGAAGCAGCAGAAGCACCAGCACCAGCAGUGACAUCACCAAAAACAUCACCUGCAGCAUCACCUGUGGUCUCACCCGUGGUAUCACCGGUGGCAUCACCGGUGGCAUCACCAGUCGCAUCACCAGUCGCAUCACCAGUGGAAUUAUUAGUGCCACUAGCACCUUUGCCAUUGGCAGAACCAGAGCCAUCAACACCACCAGCACCAAUGGUAGCAGAAGCGUUGAACGCAGACUCUCCCAGACCUGCAGAAACAGCAUCCGAGCCAGAAGCCUCUCGGCUGAGUCAAAGCCAGGCAGUUGCCUGA